AUGGAUCCUCUGUCAUGCGCGGCCAGCGUGACUGCAGUCAUUCAACUGGCUGGCGCUCUUGCAGACGUCUGUGGAGAAUAUAUUAAAAAAGUCACGAAUGCCCAAAAAGAAAUCAACUACCUAAAUGAAGAGAUCACCAGACUUAUGAGAAUACUAGAGUCGCUUAAUGGCAUGCUUCAGGGACCCGACAGGGAAAAACUUGCCGCCCUUCACAAGAUAUCUGAUGACGUUGGAACUUGCAAGGUGGUUCUUGAGAAUUUGGGAAAGAAGGUCAAUCCAGAAAAUACGCAAAACUCCUUCAGAUGGCAGGGAUUUCAAGACUGGAAAUGGCCCUUGCAGAGCCAGGAAAUAGAUGAUGCUAUUGGCCAGUUAAAGAGGUAUACAUCACUCUUUGUGGCAGCAUUGCAGAUUGAUCAUGUGGGAUUUACUGACCCAGUUGAACAAAAUUUUGACCUGCAUGACCUGAAAAUCGUGGAAGAGGCCAUACAUGAUUCCUUUGAGAACAAAAAUGAAGAGUGUUUCCCUGAAACCAGAACCGAGUUACUUCGUCAAGUUGGAAACUGGGCGGAAUCAUCUCACGGAAAAUGCAUAUACUGGCUAACAGGUGAAGCUGGUACUGGAAAAUCAACAAUUUCUCGGACAGUAGCAAGGCAACUCAAAGAAAGAAAGUUAUUCGCUGCCAGCUUUUAUUUCAGACGGAAUGAAGAGGGCAGAAAUAACAUGAAAUCGCUUUUUCUAGCUUUUGCACAGCAGCUGGCGAAUGCUGUACCUGACCUGGGACUAGAGAUCGAGAGAACUGUGAAAGAUGAUCCUUAUAUAUCAGGAAAGGCACCUGCGGAACAAUUCAGAAAACUCAUACUUCAACCCCUCAUGACUAUGGAUCUAGAGCCCGUUAUCACUUUGGUGGCUGUAAUUGACGCAUUGGAUGAGUGCCGAUCAGAUGCUGAAAAUGAUGAUCAUGACAUUAGGGUUCUUCUGCGCCUUAUACCUCAAGUCCAAGAAUCAGAGUCUGUACGCCUACGAUUCUUCAUGACCAGCCGACCUGAGCUGCCAGUCCGCCUUGGCUUUAAAGCUGUUGAAAACAGCCUUCAGAACAUGGAUCUUCACAGCAUCCCUUCAUCAGAAACAACUCGUGAUGUUUCCAUUUUUCUGGAGCAUUCCCUCACCCAAAUUCGAGGGACUCAUGGUCUUCCUGCAGAUUGGCCUGGUGAAGAGGCUAUAAAUGACCUUCUUGCAAGGACGCUGCCACUUUUUAUCUCUGCUGCUACUAUGUGUCGCUUCAUUAGCAGCACCUAUGACCCCCAGGACCGCCUCCAGAAAGUUCUGAAUGACAAAACCAGCUAUGUGUCAGAAAUGGCUCGAACAUACUUACCAGUGCUUAAUCAAGUUCUAGCUGGUCAAAAUGAGUGGGAGGCUGCGCGAUUAAAUCAGAGUUUCAAGGACAUAGUAGGCCCGUUGAUCGCCCUUGCUACUCCACUCCCAGUCAACGCGCUCUCGCAGCUUCUUGCCUUGAAAUCAAGCAUCACAUCCAACCAUGUCAAAAGUUUGUUGAACUGCCUUCAUUCUGUAUUAAUUAUACCCGAUAACCCAGAAUUGCCUGUGCGACCCCGACAUCUAUCGUUUCGGGAUUUUCUUUUCGACAGCACAACCAAGGAUAACAAGCAGAGCGAGAAGUUCUGGAUAGAUGAAAAGGCGAUCCACCAGAAGCUUAGUGAUCAGUGCCUCAGGGUUAUGGAGAGCAAGUUGAAAAAGAAUAUUUGCAUGUUAUCCGAUGAUACACUGCAGCGAAGUGAGAUCGAUUCUAACUCGGUUAAUGAGCAUCUGCCAGUAGAGUUACAAUAUGCGUGCCGGUACUGGACUCAGCACAUGAUGCAAAGCUGGAACCCAGCUGGGGCUGUUGAAAAAGCGUGUUCAUUCCUAAAGAAAUACUUUCUUCAUUGGAUGGAAGUGAUGAGUAUCCUGGGCGUUAUGCCCGAGGUUAUUAGAGCGAUAUGUAGAUUACAAUCCGGCAUUCAAGACGAUAAAGACUCCGAACUGUCAAAAUUCCUCUAUGAUGCUAGGCGGUUUGUCCUCAACAAUCGACAUUUAGCAGAGACUGCACCCCUUCAACUUUACUCAUCAGGCCUGAUGUUUUCUCCUGAAGGCUCAAUCACUAGGAGAAUAUUCAACUAUAAUCUAUCAGGCUGGUCCCAGUUACCUAAGGUCGAACAGACCUGGAGUGCAGAGCAGCAGACUCUUGAAAACCAUUUGGGACCGGUUGAGUCGGUGGUAUUCUCACCGGAUGGCAAGCAACUAGUGUCCGGCUCUUAUGAUGACACCGUCAAGAUCUGGGACCCUGCCACGGGCGAGCUGCUGCAGACCUUGGAUGGCCAUUCUGGAACAGUCGAGUCAUUGGCCUUCUCACCAGAUGGCAAGCUACUAGCAUCCGGCUCCUAUGACAACACCAUCGAUCUCUGGGACUCUGCCACAGGCGAGCUACUGCAGACUUUUGAAGGCCAUCCUCAUUCAAUUUGGUCAGUGGCCUUCGCACCAGACGGCAAGGAACUAGCAUCCGCCUCCGAUGACAGCACCAUCAAGAUCUGGGACCUUGCUACGGGCGAGCUGCAACAGACCCUUGACAGCCAUUCUCAAUCAGUUCGGUCAGUGGCAUUCUCGCCAGAUGGCAAGCUAUUGGCAUCCAGCUCCCUUGACAGCACCAUCAAAGUCUGGAACCCCGCAACGGGCGAGCUGCAGCAGAGCCUUGAAGGCCGAUCCGGUUGGGUUAAAUCGGUGGCCUUUUCACCAGAUGGCAAGAAAUUAGCAUCUGGCUCUGAGAAAAACACCGUCAAACUCUGGAACCCUGCCACGGGCGAGCUGCUGCAGACUCUUGAAGGUCAUUCUCAGUCAGUGCGGUCAGUGGCCUUCUCACCAGAUGGCAAGCAACUAGCAUCCAGCUCUAGUGACACCACCAUCAAGCUCUGGAACUCCACCACGGGCGAGCUGCAGCAGACCUUUAAAGGCCAUGAUCUUUGGAUUCGGGCAGUAGCAUUCUCACCAGAUGGCAAGCAUCUAGUAUCCGGCUCUGACGAUAACACCAUAAAGCUCUGGGACCUUGCUACGAGCGAGCUGCAGCAAAGCCUUGAGGACCAUUCUCGCAGUGUUCAUGCAGUAGCCUUCUCACCAGAUGACAAGCAACUGGCAUCCAGCUCACUUGACAGCACCAUCAAGCUGUGGGACUCCGCCACGGGCGAGCUGCAGCGGACUCUUGAAGGCCAUUCCCAAGGAGUUCGGUCAGUGACCUUCUCACCGGAUGGCAAGUUACUAGCAUCCAACUCUUAUGACGGCACCAUCAAACUCUGGAACCCCUUAACGGGCGAGCUGCAGCAGACUCUUACAGGCCGAUCUGAUUGGGUUGACUCGGUGGCAUUUUCACCAGAUGGAAAGCAACUAGCAUCUGGCUAUUAUGACAGCACCAUCAAGCUCUGGGAUUCCGCCACAGGCGAGCUGUUGCAGACCCUUGAAGGCCAUUCUGACCGUAUUCAAUCGGUGGUAUUCUCACCAGAUGGCAAGCUACUAGCAUCCGGCUCUUACGACCAAACCGCCAAGCUCUGGGAUCCCGCCACGGGCGAGCUGCUGCAGAUCUUCGAAGGCCAUUCUAAAUGGGUUGAGUCGGUGGCCUUCUCACCAGAUGGCAAGCUACUAGCAUCCAGCUCUUAUGGCGAAACUAUAAAGCUUUGGGACCCUGUCACAGGUGAGCUGCUGCAGACCCUUAAUGACCCUGAUGAAUCAGCUGGGUCAGUUGCCUUCUCGCCGGACGGAAAUCGACUAGCAUCCGUCGAUAUUUUCGACACCAAGAUCUGGGAUCCCGCCACGGGGGAGCUGUUGCAGGCUCUUAAAGGCCAUUCCAAAUGGGUCUGGUCCCGAACGGGAGCUGGGAUAUCUAUAUUCCUUGAUCAAUGGCUUUGUCUUCAGGAGAAAAGGAUACUUUGGCUACCACAGUCAUAUCAGCCGUUCUGCAUUUCCGUGAAUGAUGGAGUACUUGUCCUCGGUCAUUCGUCUGGGAGGGUUUCUUUUAUCCAAGGGCCAAGAUUCUUGAUCGAGUCAGAGGAAACCUAG